AUGUCUUCAACCAUAUUUGGUGAUUCAGCUACCGGCCUUAUGGGAUCCAGCGAUGUACAACCUUCCCUUAUGGGCACGGGCCCUCUGGAGCUGGACGAAGAACCUGACAGUGAGUAUGAAGCGGAACCUCCAAGUACUAGUCGGAUCGCACGGGACAAGUUCACUCUACCCAAGAUUGGCGGAGUUGAGCUUGAGGCAUAUAUCGACCUCACAUCCGAAUUUCUGCAAGAUGUCCUCUCGGACGUGGCUGUGAACCCCAGACCAGUGGCAUCAAUAAAUGCUGGCAAAGCAGCGCACCGAGCUGAUAUUAGUACAUCUGAGGAGGUGGUCUCUUGGGAUACUUGGUAG